CAUUAACCCGCGGCACGUCUGUCUUCCAGUUUAACCCCAUGGAGGACGAAGACAUCGACAUGGAGACGGUUCACGACAGCCAGGCCUUCAUCCACCAUCACCUCAACCUGCUGGAGCGCCCGUCCACGCCAGGUAAGGAGCCCCCACUGGCGGAGCAGACCCUGCCGUCCAUGUCGGCCGCACCUGUGCCCCCGUUCUCCAAGGACGCCGCCUCCCUGUCCUCCAAGCACGGAGGAGACCACGCCCACCACCACCACCAUCACCACCACGAGCACAAGAAGAAGAAAAAGAAGCACAAGCACAAACACAAGCACAAGCACAAGCACGACAGCAAGGACAGGGACAGGGAGAACCCGUACGCCUUCAGCAACAGCCCCGCCAGCGGACGCUCUCUACGCUCCCCCUCGCUGUCCGACUGAACCCGCUGACAUCAUCGCCACGCCGCCCUCUGGAGCUCCAACAGAACCAGCCGCCGCGCCGGGCCCCCCCGUCUCCAGCUCUGGACGCCGGGCCCCCCCGUCUCCAGCUCUGGACGCCGGGCCCCUUGCAGCAAUCUUCUUUGGAGCAGCAGAACCAAGGCUUGUUCCUCAGGUUGUUCCAGGGAUUCCAUUUUCAUCCAAUCACCUUCAGCAGUGGGAUGGUUCAGAAGUUCUGCUUUUAGUCCGGCCCACUUUGCUCUGGUAACCUCUGCAGAAGUAGAACCGGACCCAGACUGGACUCCACAGGUUCUGGUUUCAUGCUGGGUUCUGCAAGUGUUUCCUGGAUCUUAGAACCAAUGUCGGGUCAGAACCGAGCUUCUGCUGCCAAUCAGACGCCACCCGGUGGGGCCUUCAGGUAUUACACCAACACAAACUAGAUCCACAGAGCAGGUUCUGUUCAGAUUCCGGUACUGGUCUGGGCCAGUCUGCGGUUCUGUUCAGAUCCUGGUACUGUUCUGGGUCAGUCUGCAGUAACGCCUGAUCAGCCAACAGCCAUUCAGGUUGAUUGUCCCGCCCCCUUCCUCUGAUUGGCUUCUCUAUGUGAGCUGAUUGGAAACUGGAAAUCCUGCUUCUAGCUUCCUGUAGCAUCGGCCAUGUUCUUCUGUUGUGGCUGCAGAGGACCGGGCCCCGGCCCCGGCCCCAAGGACUGGAUGACCCAGUAGAUUCUGAGCCGACUGGUGGUUAUGAAUAAAACUGGGUUUAUGUUUUAUCUUUAUUUUCUAUAGAAAUCUGCUGUUCUGUCAUUGGAACCAUGAAUAUUGUGAUCAUUAAAUUCUAC